UCUGCAUUUUUUUCAAGCUCUCAUUAUGCUGCACCAGUAUCUCCAGAUGCUGUUCCCAGGGGACUAAGCUACUUUCUAUUUAAAACUGCAAAGAGCAAUGGAGAGUUUAGGCAAAGACCAUGCUUAUUCGGACUCUUCCCUGCCACCCUCUGCAGCCCGCGAGGAGUAUGCUGUGCCAGAUGUCAUCAUCACCCGCCGCUUGAGAGACCGGGAGCUGCUCCGGAAAAGAAAAGCAGAAGCCCAGGAGAAAGACUCAGUUCAGUGGGUUCUGAGGGAUCAGGAGAAGAGCAAACGGCAAAGGAGGGGCAGAGGAGCCGGGCGAGGACGGGGCCGCCAGCUGGUGAUGCAGCCCAGCCUGGAGCCAGAAGUGGAGCCAGACCCGCAGCCCAACCCACAGGAGAAGGCUGAGCCAGCACCAUCUGAGCUGGCACCACCUGAGCCAGUGUAUCAAGAACAGCCACCCAUGCCGACCAUCCAGGGCCUGUUCAGUGGGAUGCAACCAGGAGCAGUGGAGGGGAAGCUGGCAUCCAGGAGUCAGGAUCCCACGGGUGAAGAGGAGGUGGUGAAACCAGCAGAAGCAGAAAUACCAGAAGCUUUGAAUACUCCUUUGGAAAAUGACCAGCAGGAUAAUGAUUACAGCAAACAUGUUCUAUUUUAAUCAUCUCUUUUUUUUCCAUGUUUUGACUCUUGCCUGACAAACUCUGAUAAGUCCUGCUGAGUGAUUUGAGCCAGCUCCUUCCUUGUGAACAAUAAAGUUUACACUUUCCUGGUCA